AUGACUGACACACAGAGACGGAUCUAGGAUCUGCAUAUUCUGCUGCCAUCCCCACAGCCCAUCGGUAGGCGGGGGAACAAAACUGACCUUAGAUCUACGUCUACAUGGAUCUCCUACUGCACUAGAGCGGGGGUUUGCAAACGUUUUUCACUCUGGGGCCCCCAGGGUGAAUGCUUUGGGCACAAGCACUGUUGCUUUUUUUGCAGUUUUAAAGCUAAUUUUUCUAAUGUGUAUUCAUGUGAUAUGUGAGUGACCAUAAAAUGACUAUGGGCUAAAAAAAAACGAAAUAAAGAAACUAGCUGUUAUGGGCUAGUUGAUCUGGACAUUUCUGACAAGUUAUAAAUAGCUCUAUGCAAUUAAUACCAGGACAAGAGGAACUGAUGUUAUACUAACCAAUUUCGAAAUUGAACCUUGUGCAUUCUACUAUUACAACUUUCAAGAGUAAGAUUAAAGCCAGACUGAGUUCCUUAAAAUGUCAAUCAAAACGUUUUUUUCGCUGACCCCUUGCGCCCUAGGGUUCGCGCCCCACAGUUUGUGAACCACUGCACUAGAGAAGAUAACUAGUUUAGUCGCUAAACAUGAGCUAAGCUGACUACAGUACACCCGUCACCGGAGUUUAACGCUACUCUAACCUACUCAAGAGAUUAAAGUUGUACACAAGCCUGUGCCCCUAAAGUUUACUCGGCUGCAAAAAAAAUAUUAGUUGGGGAUGCAAGCGCGUUUGUAUCCUAAAGAAGGAUUUCACGGUUCGAACAUCGCAUAACUUUUAACAUAAUACAUUUAUCGGGAUAUUUUAGCAUCAAGAUGGCAGUAGACGGGCACGGGUCAACAAUAAAAAGUCGGAUAAAGAACAUGCUGCGGAGGAAUCGGAAGGAAAACCUUGCUGACAAGGUGACUUUGGAGAGGGUCCUGGGAAUCACAGCCUCUGGUAACAGUGGUCUGGCCUGUGACCCCCACUCUGGACUUGUGGCCUAUCCUGCUGGCUGUGUGGUGGUUCUGCUGAACCCCAAGAAGAACAGACAGCACCACAUCCUGAAUACAUCCAGGAAAACUAUCACAGCUCUGUCCUUCUCUUCAGAUGGCAAAUACUUGGUCACAGGAGAGUCGGGUCACCUGCCUGCGGUGCGUGUGUGGGAGGUGUGUGAGUUUCGGCAGGUGGCGGAGCUGCAGGAACAUAAGUAUGGCGUAUCCUGUGUGGCCUUCUCUCCCAACAGUAAAUACAUUGUCAGCGUGGGUUACCAGCACGACAUGAUGGUCCACGUCUGGGCAUGGAAGAAGAACACAAUAAUUGCUGCUAACAAGGUGUCCAGUAAGGUGACAGCAGUGUCCUUCUCUGAGGAUAGCUCCUACUUUGUGACAGCAGGGAACAGACACGUCAAGUUCUGGUACCUGGACCACUCCAAAUCUAUCGAGGCCAGUGCUCCAGUCCCUCUGCUGGGGCGCUCUGGGCUCCUGGGGGAGCUGAGGAACAACUUCUUUUGUGACGUGGCGUGUGGGCGGGGCUCUAAGGCCGAAAGCACCUUCUGUAUCACCACCUCCGGCCUGCUCUGUGAGUUCAACCCCAAGAGGAUGCUGGACAAGUGGGUGGACUUACGGACCAGUGUGGCCAGGGCUCUGUGUGUGUCAGAGGAGCUGAUCUUCUGUGGCUGUGCUGAUGGGAUGGUGCGAGCCUUCAGCCCUGCUGACCUGGGGUUCAUCUGUACCCUGCCAAGACCACACCACCUUGGCACUGAUGUGUCCAGCAUCACCCAGGCCAGCCACCUGUUCUCCAACAAGAUGUCCGCCCGCUACCCUGACUCUGUGGCGGUGACCUAUGACCCGGCCAGUCAUUGGUUGAGCUGUGUGUAUAAUGACCACAGCCUGUAUGUGUGGGAUGUCAGGGACCUCCACAGGGUAGGCAAGGUGCAUUCUGCCCUCUACCAUGCCGCCUGUGUUUGGGACCUACAGAUGGUCCCGGAGGUCCCAGAGUCUGGCCUGUCUUCGGGAGAGUUCCUCAGCUGUUCAGCAGACAACACUGUCCGACUGUGGAGUACAGAGAGGCAGGGACACACACAUCCGCAGAAUGUUCUCAGUAAGGACUUGCUGAAGGUGCUCUAUAUGGAUGAAAACACCGCCGCCCUGGUGGAAACGGAGGGAAGUGUGUCUGUUAGCACAGAGAAGACAGACGGACAGACGGCAGAGACCAGGACAGGCAUUAGGACCAUCUGUGUCAGCCCCGAUGGGAAACACCUGGCGUCUGGAGACCGCAACGGGAUGCUGAGGGUUCAUGACCUCAGCAGUAUGACAGAGAUUCAGAAGGUGGAGGCCCAUGACUCAGAGAUCCUGUGUCUGGAAUACUCUAAACCAGAGACGGGUCUGAAGCUGUUAGCCACCGCGAGCCGCGACCGUCUGAUCCACGUCCUGGAUGCUGAGAAAGACUACGGCCUAGUCCAGACCCUGGACGAACACUCUUCAUCCAUCACCGCUGUCCGAUUCGCUGCCAAUGACAACAAGGUGAGGAUGAUCAGCUGUGGAGCAGACAAGAGCAUCUACUUCCGUACGGCUCACAGGACAGACGGAGGUACAGAGUUCAGGCGCUCUCACCACGUGGUGAGAAAGACCACUCUGUAUGACAUGGAUGUAGAGCCCAGCUGUAAGUACGCUGCCGUGGGCUGCCAGGACCGAUGCAUCAGGAUCUUCAACAUCAGCAAUGGGAAGCAGAAGACAUUCUACAAGGGUUCACAGACUGAGGAUGGCAGCCUGCUUAAGGUGCAGACUGAUCCGUCUGGUCAGUACGUUGCCACCAGCUGCUCUGAUAAGAACAUCAGCAUCUUUGACUUCCGCUCUGGUGUGUGUGUGGCCACCAUGUUCGGACACUCUGAGAUAGUGACUGGGAUCAAGUUCACCAACGACUGUAAACAUCUGAUCUCUGUGUCUGGGGACAGCUGUAUCUUCGUGUGGCGUCUGGCUCCAGAGCUCACCAUGAGUAUGAGAGAACGCCUUUCCCAACUAAGACGAACCCUCCUCACACCCCCCUGCAACACAUCCACACUCAGACUAAGCCCCGCUCCCUGUCACUCAAGGAGCCACCGCAGGCGUGAGGUGUACAGUGCACCGGCUCUUGGUCUGAUGUCAUCAGAGAGUGACCGUGAGGUGGAGGAUCCAGAGGAGAGGGACGAUCCCUGUGACCUGGAACAGAUCACAGUAAACAGUAACACCUCCUCAGGGAGUAGCCAUGACGACGACGCAGGUGCCUCGGAUGAAGGACAGGACUGGGAAUCGAAGAAGGCCCUAGACAGCCCUCUGGCCCCUGAGCCCUCCAGUCGGCCCCGGCGUCGCUGGUCCUGUCGUAUGGGUUCUCUGGAACUCAUGGUCAAGUCUAUGCUGGACCUGAGACAGCUAGAGGCCUUCUCCAUCACCGGCUCCUCUCACAAGAAAGGCCCGGCCUCCCGGCUCAAAGCGAGCGACGCAGGGAGCACCUCCAGCCUGCAAGGGGCCUCGGACUUGGAGGAGCGGGUUAAGAGACGUCACUAUGCUGCCUGGCUGACCCCCAACUCUGACCUGGGCGCCCAGGGGUCUGAUGGACGUGUGCUGUACCCCGAGGGUAGCGAUUACGCUGCCAGACGACGGGGCAGUGAUUACCUGGUGAAGGAGUCUCCCCGCAGCCUGAGUAGGGGGAACCGUGGGCCGGAGAGCCAGGACAGCCAGAGCCCAGACAGUGCCUGUUCUGUGGGCUAUGGGAGUAGAGAGCUUACUCCUGACCCGGAUCAUGGAGACUCUGAGGGCACAGCAGAGCCGCUAAGCUCAGACGAGGACAGUUCUGACCUGGAGGAGGAGGAAGAGGAGGAGGAAGAGGAGGAGGAGGAGGAGAGGAAGAUGGAAGUGUCUAGUAUGGAUGAGGCGAUGAGGAAAGUCUCUGACCCUCUAGAAGAUUGUCACCAUCAGGCCUUCCUCAGACACCACUUUGAAACACUGGCUGAGCCCAGCAAUAUGGAGCGCAGCACAGCUCCCAGCGUCAGUAUGUCAGCGCGAUUCCUGGCCAGAGGCUCCUACAACAGGAGAACCCCUCUGUUUUCCAAGGCCCAUGAGAGGGAGCAGGGGCCCUUGGUGUCCAAGGUGAGACCACUGAUGGAGGGGGGCCAGGGGAAAGGCCACGAAGACAGGGAGAGGCCCAUGACCCCUGCGAGAGGGCAGGAGGGGACAAAACUGGAGGUGUGUGCUCUAGAAAGGGGCACUGUGCUGCGUUCCCACCCCCAGAAGAAGAGGCCUCUUGGGGCUCAUCUGUGGAGGAUGUCAAGCCCCCUGGCCAGAGCUCCAGCCCUGCUGGACAGAGCAGCUGGACUACAGAAGACCCAGUCUGUACAGAACCUGGCCACAGAGGUCCCCCGCUCCCUAAACCCCUCCAAUGGUAGAGGAGAGAUGUGCCCUCGCCCCCAGCACCUCCCCUUCGAUAUACACCCUUCCAAAGCCCACUCCUGCCUCCAUUCUCCCUCCUCUACCUCCCCUCCCCCCUCUCUUGUCUCCUGCCUGCCCUCAGAAAUCCCCAAGCUCAGAUCCCCCUGUGACUACAUGAGUCCCACCACCAGCUCCAUGGCCAAGAGCAGCCACUCUGCAUCCCUGGCAGAGGGCUUCCAUCUGGGCUUACUGUCCUGCCAUGCUUCCUUAACACCACAAGGCCUGGAGGAUGGUAGUGGAGGGAGUAGAAACACACCUAACAGCCCCAAGAGCAGGAAGCCUUUUUGUGGGCUACUGGAGGCUGAACCACCCCGCCUCACUUCCUCCUCUCCUGGUUUCCCCUCUUCCCACUCUCUCUGUUCCCGCUCCUCUUCUCUCUCUUCCCCUUCUCCCUGUCCUCUCCCUGGCCCCUCCCUUUCUCCUCCAUGUGCGACAGUCUCGCCCAAUCCCAGCUUGUCCCUGAGCAUCCAGCCCUCCCGCAUUCCCCUGCCCAGCAAACAGCCACUCAGCCCUCGGAGCAGCCUCUGCCCGGAGACCAAACCGCAACCUGAUUGGACUGUUUCCCCGACGAGAGACCUUGCCCUCGGGAAACAACACCAAACCUUCGGUAAACGCCUCUCCCUGACUACGGCCCAGAUGCAAGGGCUUCGGGGUAACGUCCAGCUGGUGUCCGUCUCACCUACCUCACUUCCUAUAAAGCACUCGGAGAGUGCUCCAGAUUUGGAGGAGGCGGUGUGUAGAGAGCCCCUUCUAGUGUCGGUCCAGGCCGACACCUUGACUUUCCACCCCCAGCCAGAUCCCCCUGUCACUGUGGAAAUCUGUAGACGGGCUGUAGCAGAGCUGCACAACAGUGUGAGGAGAGCCACCCAGCUCUAUACCGCGGUCAGUCUGGUGCUGAGCAGUGGGUUAGAGGUCAAUGCAGAGCAGCAGGAGAUGGAGACGGUUCUGGUUGAGGCCCUGGGAACAGUGAAGACUGAACUAGACUCCCUACCUCACCUUGUACAUAGAAGUAAAUGGCUCAGGGAGGAGGUAGCAAUGAGAGGGGAGGUAGGGGUCAAAGGUGAGGGGGACAGGACAUUGGCUCUCCUGCAGCAGUAUUCUGAGCUCUUACUAAAGUCAGUGGAGAAGAGACUGGACAACAAGAUCUAAAAAUGAUACAUACACAGAAGAUGCAUUCAAGCAGACAUGCAUAUGAAUUAAAUGCGUAUUACACAUAUGAAAAUACACACAGACAGGAAUCGCUCGGUAAUCAACAAAUCAUAAGGACAAUGAGAACCGGACACUUCCUCAUAGAGAAGUUUAAUAAAAUAUUAAAUAGAGUGAAGAUGGAUAAAUGAGUUGUUAAAAAUGUCUUGUGUGUAUUUAUUUUAUAUGACUCAGUACUACUGCAACGUUGAGGAAGAACUUGUAAGCAAUCGUUUCACUGUACUUCUUACACCUGCACAUAACAAAUAAACUGAUUAGAUUUGUAUUUGAUUUUGAAUGGCUGUAGAGAUUAAUGAAGGGAGGAAUGAAGGAAGGAAAAAUUAAUUUAUUCUGGGACUGCACUGUGGGCAAAUAUGUCCUGUCCACUAUUGAGGGGAGAAAAUGACAUGGGUUUUCCCUAAGAAAAUGGAGUGGCCAUAAAUCCUUUAUGCCGGUUUUAUCCUUUUAACUGUGAAUUCUCAAACAUUUUUAGCUUGCACGGCAAGGGUAGACAUGUUUACAUUCACUAACUGUGCGAUGCCACUGACUUUUCUCAAUGAUGAUCAUGUGUCUUACUCCACAUGUUUUUGAAUCUAUGCUUAAUGUCUCUAUUUCCCCUGGUUUUAUUGUGAGUGUUGUGUGAAUGUGAUUUGUUUGUGUGCAUCGAGUUGACUGUCAAACCUGUCUUGAUAUUGCAGUUGUAUGAGAGGUCUGAUACAAUAAAAAUAUUUCAAAGAUAA